CCGGUGGUGGAACGAGCAGUGGAGUCUCUUCUAACAUAGGUUACAUCAAGGUGCAUACCUUGCCCGGGAAUAACGGAGCAGCCUAUCUAACGGGAAACCAGGCUAUAUUUGUUUCGUUGGACAUAAAAGUAGGUGCGUCGUUGACCGGGGAACAUUUCCUGUUAUAUCAAGGGAGCUUCGUCUGAGGCGCUGGAGCCCAGAGGAAGGGGAUCGAGACGGAGGACGACUUUUUCUUUUUUUCUCAAAAGGGGACGGGCGGAGAGAGGAGGAAGAUGCCCAAACCGAUAAAUGUGAGGGUGACCACCAUGGAUGCGGAGCUGGAGUUUGCCAUCCAGCCCAACACCACAGGAAAACAGCUGUUUGACCAGGUGGUGAAGACCGUGGGGCUGAGGGAGGUGUGGUUCUUUGGCCUCCAGUACACAGACAGCAAAGGAUACAGCACCUGGCUGAAGCUCAACAAAAAGGUGACCCAGCAGGAUGUGAAGAAGGAAAACCCGCUCCAGUUUAAGUUCAGGGCCAAGUUCUUCCCCGAGGACGUGUCAGAGGAGCUGAUCCAGGAGAUCACCCAGAGGCUCUUCUUUCUGCAGGUGAAGGAGGCCAUACUGAAUGAUGAGAACUACUGUCCUCCAGAGACGGCCGUGCUGCUGGCUUCCUACUCUGUCCAGUCCAAGUACGCUGACUACAGCAAGGACCUCCACAAGCCUGGAUACCUCACCUCAGACAGACUGCUGCCCCAGAGAGUACUGGAACAGCACAAGCUUACCAAGGAGCAGUGGGAAGACAGGAUACAGAGCUGGCACGAGGAGCACAGAGGCAUGCUGAGGGAGGACUCCAUGAUGGAGUACCUGAAGAUCGCCCAGGACCUGGAGAUGUACGGGGUCAACUACUUUGAGAUCAAGAACAAGAAGGGCACUGAGCUGUGGCUGGGUGUGGACGCCCUGGGCCUCAACAUCUACGAGCACGAAGACAAGUUGACACCAAAGAUCGGCUUCCCCUGGAGCGAGAUAAGAAACAUCUCCUUCAAUGACAAGAAGUUUGUCAUCAAACCCAUUGACAAGAAAGCUCCAGACUUUGUGUUCUACGCUCCCCGGUUGCGGAUCAACAAGCGCAUCCUGGCCCUGUGCAUGGGCAACCACGAGCUGUACAUGAGGAGGAGGAAGCCUGACACCAUCGAGGUGCAGCAGAUGAAGGCCCAGGCCCGCGAGGAGAAACACCACAAACAGAUGGAGAGAGCCCAGCUGGAGAACGAGAAGAAGAAGAGAGAGCAUGCGGAGAAGGAGAAGGAGAGGAUAGAGAGAGAGAAGGACGAGCUCAUUGAGAGGCUGAGACAGAUCGAGGGGCAGACACUCAAGGCCCAGAAAGAGCUGGAGGAGCAGACCCUGAGGGCUCUGGAGCUGGAGCACGAAAGGAAGAGGGCGAAGGAGGAGGCCGAGCGGCUGGAGAGGGAGAAGCAGGCGGCGGAGGAGGCCAAGGCAGCGCUGGCCCAGCAGGCUGCAGACCAGAUGAAGAACCAGGAGCAGCUGGCUGCUGAGCUGGGAGAGUUCACAGCCAAAAUCGCUCUUCUUGAGGAAGCCAAGAGGAAGAAGGAGGAGGAGGCCAGCGAGUGGCAGCACAAAGCGUUGUCAGCUCAGGAAGACCUGGAGAAGACCAAGGAGGAGCUGAAGACCGUGAUGUCAUCGCCGCCGGCGCUGGAGCAGGACGAGCAGGACGAGACGAACGGCGAGGCGAGCGCCGAGCUGCGCAGCGACGGGGUGAGCAGCCAUCGCAGCGAGGAGGAGCGCAUCACCGAGGCCCAGAAGAACCACCGCGUCAAGAAGCAGCUGCAGGCGCUGAGCUCAGAGCUGGCCGAGGCCCGAGACGACUCCAAGAAGACCCAGAACGACGUUCUGCACGCGGAGAACGUCAAGGCGGGCCGCGACAAGUACAAGACCCUGAGGCAGAUCCGCCAGGGAAACACCAAGCAACGCAUCGACGAGUUUGAGUCCAUGUGAGAGAGAGGGACGCUCGUUCGCCAUGACGACGCCUCGCUUUCCGUGUACAGCUGACCCUUGACCCUGCCCCGUCCCCAAACCCCCUGCAGAAUAAAGGUCAGAGGGGCGGGGCUCCGGUGUCCCGCCCUCUACGCCUUGCCAAAGCUCCGCCCUCUAGCAGGUGUCCAAGCAAACAGCAUGUGGCCUGUAGCCACGUCGGGAAACCAGCUGCAAACUGCAGACGAGGUAUCCUGUUCAAAUUAACGGGCCCUUCGGACAAGGCUGCUUUAACGCUCGUACUGUCUUAUGGAAGAACGGAUAAGAAGAAGGAACUGUAGCUGGUUGAUAAUCUCGCUUUUAUUUGAAAAUGGCCAUUUGUAUCUUUUUGAUGUCACUAAGCUUGUAUGUAAAGCUUAAUUAUGCAUACCUAUUUAGUUUGUCAACAGUUGAAGGAUUUAAACAAUGUUCUUGUAUAAACAGCCUUGUCUCAUUGUGUUCCCAUGGUUUCACCAUCAAUAGGGGUUUCCAUGGUUUCUCCAUUAGGUGCAUAGUUCCCAGGGUGAGCAGUAUUUUGUCAAGCUAGAUGGAUCAGAUGCAGUCAUGUCUGAUGUGUCAUCCUAACUCUUCAGCCUAACCAGGCUUCUCAUUUAGUCCCUGUUUUGGGGUCUCUUCAAAUACAGGGCUAAGUAGGACCGAUACAUUCAUGGUCCUUUCAGGACUGACUAAUGAUAUAUACAUAUACAGUAUGUGUGUAUAUAUAUAUAAAUGAUUUGUACUAUAGGCUAUAUUUUCAUCAAAUUGUCUACUAAAUACCAACUGUCAUGACUUCCUGAGGAAUACUUGUGUUCAUUAUUAGCUACCCUCUUUCUGAUUGGAUGUUCAUUGUUCAUUGUUAACAUUUAAAUAUUGGUUCUCAAUAAAAUUUCGAUUAAAUUUU